CCUAUACUUUGCAUAUGUGCCUAGGGAGGAACGAAAGUGAGGGAGAGAGAGAGAAAAGAGACAUAGAAAGUGGGAGAAAUGUUGUGGGUGCCGCUGGCCGUGAUACUCUUCGCGGCGCUGGUGAACGCUCAGCCGGCAAUAAAUGAAAUUCGGCCGCAGAGCAACAGACCGGGAAGAUUCCUGUCUCUUCCUGUGCCGCAGAAAUGUGCAAACCGACCGAAAGAAUUCAACUACAGAGGACACAAUUACUUCUACAGUGGACAUAUUCCAGCUCAUGCAAACCAGAGGGUGGAUUGGUUAGAUGCACGAAAUAUCUGCAGGGAAUACUGUAUGGAUCUCGUGUCAAUGGAAACACAAGAUGAAAACAACUUAAUCUUCAGACUCAUUCAACAAAACGACGUUCCUUACAUUUGGACAUCCGGACGUCUUUGCGACUUCAAAGGAUGUGAAAAUCGUCGCGACCUCGAACCCAAAGCCCUCUAUGGGUGGUUCUGGUCAGCCAACAGAAAGAAGAUCUCUCCAACUAACCAGAUUCCUGAAGGUUGGACUUUCAAUCCAUGGUCUCAGACCGGUCACAAGAAAGUUAGGCAACCAGAUAAUGCUGAAUUUGACAUAAAUGGUACCAAUGAGUCCUGCUUGUCUGCCCUCAACAACGUCUACAAAGAUGGAAUCAGCUGGCACGAUGUGGCCUGUUAUCAUCAAAAACCAUUUGUUUGCGAGGACUCUGAAGAACUAUUGAACUAUGUAGGCAACACCAAUCCCAAUAUUCGUCUCUAAAAGCCGUUGUGGAUGAACAAUCCGCGUAUCAUCCGCACAUGUCUUUCCUUUUAUUGCAAUUUAGA